AUGUCUUCCCUUACCUACAUCAACGAACAAGGCGCCGGUCAAAAGCAUAGCGAUCUAUGCCACUACUCUCAAGCUGUUAUAUUGGGGAACAUCGUCAAGUGCUCCGGGCAGGGAGGAUGGACUGAGACUGGGGAUUUGGAUGCCAAUGACAUUUGUGGUCAGGUGGAUCUCGCUUUUCAGAACGUGGACAAAGUUCUCCAGGCCACAGGGUUACGAGGCUGGGAAGACGUUUAUUCGAUCCGUUCGUACCAUGUUGAUAUCGAUGCCUCAUUCGAUAAAUUCGUGAAAACUCUGAGAGAGCGGAUCCCAGGGCAUCGUCCGAUCUGGACUGCCAUUGCUGUUCCUCGGUUGGCAUUUCCAGCGAUGAAGAUUGAGAUCGAAGUCGAGGCUUUUAAACAAUGA